AUGGGAGGCUCCUCCAAUUACCACGCCCGUUCCAACAGCCUACCGACGAGGCCUCACCCAUUGGUCACGGAGUGCGACGAGCACCUCUGCCGGCUGAAGGCACUGGACUCGGCUCCAUGGACGGCGCCCGGGAUGGCCAAGAAGCUGGCGGGGCUGCAGGACUUGCAGGAGUGCGUCAACAAGCUGCUGCUACUACGGCGGACGAGGGAGGCGUUUGGGACGCAGCGGCGGGAGAAAUGGGUGGAUGAGGUUUUUGAUGGGUCGUUGAGGUUGCUGGACUUGUGCAGCGCUGCUAAAGAUGGUGUUAUUCAUACUAAGGAGUGUGUGAGGGAGUUGCAAUCCUUGGUUAGGAGGAGAUCCUCUUCUUGGUCUUGUGGAAAUGAAAAGUAUUUAGCCUCAAGAAAAGUAGUGAAACGAGCAAUCCAAAAGGCUUUAACGAGCCUAAAGACAUACGGGACAAAACCAAGCUCAAUCUCCAUUAAAGACAUCGAAACCAUGGCCUUAAUAGGCCUAUUAUUCGACGUAGAAGCAGCAAGUGUGAACGUUUUCGAAGCCCUCAUGAGCUACGUUUUGGGAAAGAAAGGGAAGACCAGGGGCAGCGGGUGGGCACUAGUUUCAAAGCUCAUGCGCUCCAAAAGAGCGAUUUUAACCGAAGAAGCUGCAGAAGGAGAGGCAAAUGAGUUCGCCACCGUAGACGCAGCGGUCGACAUGGUGGCGAGCAAAUUAAACUCCGACAGCCCGACGACGGGCAACGGCGGGAUAGAGAGCAUGGGAGAUCAGCUAGGGAAGUUGGAGGUAUGUGUUCAAGAUUUAGAAGGAGGAUUGGAUGGUUUGUUUAGGAGAUUAAUAAGAAAUAGGGUUUCACUUUUGAAUAUCAUCAAUAACUAA